AUGUUUGGAGCCCCAGCCAACAAUUCUCCUUUCGGGUCACCUCCACCCACUGGUGGAUUUGGUAGUCCAAGCCCUGCCCCUUUUGGGGCCCCAGCACCCGCGUUUGGAGCUCCUGCCUUUGGUACUCCUGCCCCAGCGCCCGCCUUUGGAGCGCCCUCGACUGGAUUUGGGGCUCCAGCACCAGCUCCUGGUGGCUUUGGAGCUAGCACUUUUGGUGGUGGUGCUACCACCCCUGCCCCGGGUGGUUUGUUUGGAGCACCAGCCCCUGCCCCAUCAGGAGGUUUGUUUGGGGCCCCAGCUCCUGCGCCCGCAUUUGGAGCUUCUCCAGCGCCUGCUUUUGGAGCGAGUACCUUUGGGGCACCAGCACCAACUCCUGCCUUUGGCGCUAGCACAUUUGGGGCUCCAGCCCCCUCGACUGGUUUGUUUGGGGCGGCGCCAACACCAGCCCCAAGUGCCUUUGGGAGUACUUUUGGAGCUUCUCCUGCACCCGCAUUUGGGGCACCUGCGCCUCCACCGGGUAGUAUCUUUGGAGGGGCUCCUGCGCCUGCACCUGGAGGCUUGUUCGGGGCUCCUGCAGCAGCAGCCCCUGGACAACCAGGUGGGGGUGGAUCGAAACAAACACCUUAUCAACCCACACCACGCCAGGACGGUACUAGCACCAUCCAGAUGCAGUCCAUCUCGGCAAUGCCGGCUUAUGAGAAUAAGAAUUUCGACGAAUUGAGGUACGAAGAUUACCUUCAAGGAAACAAGGGAGCAGGGAAUGCUGCCUCGACUGGUUUUGGCGGAUUUGGAGCUCCUGCACCGUCGGGGGGUCUCUUUGGUGCCACUCCAGCACCCGCAUUUGGGGCUCCUUCCACGUCCCCUUUCGGGGCACCGGCUCCAGCGCCAUUUGGAGCACCAGCACCUGCCCCAUUCGGAGCACCGGCCCCCGCUUUUGGUUCAACCUUUGGUGCACCCGCGCCUGCUCCUCCCGCUUUCGGCGCCACUCCUGCGCCUGCAUUUGGUAGCAGUACCUUUGGCAAACCAGCAACUGGAAGCCUCUUCGGAGCACCAGCUCCUGCACAAGGGGGGUUAUUUGGAGGAGGUUCACCAGCAGCUGCCCCCGCAUUCGGAGCACCCGCUCCAGCCCCAGGAGGUCUCUUUGGAGCGCCUGCGCCCGCUCCUGGCGGUUUGUUUGGCGCACCUGCCCCUGGAGGGUUGUUUGGUUCCACACCCGCGCCUGCAUUUGGAGCCCCAGCUCCCCCACCGGCGUUUGGCUUUGGAGCUCCUGCUCCUGGUGGUGGUUUGUUUGGACCCGCUCCUGCGCCCGCUUUCGGAGCAACACCUGCCCCUGGAGGCUUGUUUGGUGCACCAGCCCCACCGGCAGGAAGCCUGUUCGGGGCAAAGCCACCUGGCACUGGUUUAUUCGGGGCUCCAGCGCCGGCGGCAUUUGGUAGUCCUCCGACCGCUUUCGGCGCACCCACGGCUGCCGCGCCCAGUCUUUUUGGCUCCCCACCGGCCAUGGCGGCAGCUCCCAUGAUGAUUCCGGCGGGAGCCAUCAUUCCCCAGGCAGCAAGCGAAGUCUUGUCUCAUCAAAUCCAGGCACUCGAGAAUAAACGAAAGGAAGUGCAAAAGCUGGACGUGUGGAGAACAAAAUCACCUGAGGAGUCGCGUGUAACUCCCGUCUCGCAGCCCCAGUACGGAGGCUUGGCCAGUGGCCUCGUGCGGUCGUCGCCAUACACCCCUCAUCGGCACAAUCCUGGUUCAGCGGCGAAAAAGCUCAGGCCUCGUGGUUUUGGUUCAGCUAUCGCGGCGCCUUCAUCAUCUGCGUCGCCCUUGGACACUAUGGGUACAGGCGGUCGGGCUAUGAUGUCUCCAGAGGCUUACGUGUCUUCCUCGGCGAAAAAGCUCGUAAUCAAGCAAGAUUCCCUGACUCCCAAACCAAAGCUGCAGUUGCGAUUGAUGAACGCACCUUCGAGUGCCUCUGAUGUCACAACCCAUGCGCUGCCAGUGUCACUUGAAGCCGAGAGCCCAGCCCCUGGAAAUGCUGGUCCAUCAAUUGCAACAGCCCCGCCAGCAUCGUCCCCUUCUCCCAGACAGUCGCAGAUGCAGACAAGCACGCCGACUUCUGUUCCAGUGUUUGGGAACGAGGCAAACGCUGGCACCCCUACAUCCCCAACUGUCAACGGAGGAAGCAGAAUUCCUCCUGUCACUGCCGAGAAGAUCGACCCCCCUCCUCCAGAUCCUGAUCGAGACUAUUACCAGCAGGUUGUUGAUUCACCAGAUGGCAAUCCUGCAGAUCGGCCAGCGCCGCAAAGCGCUCGAGUCACAAAGAAAAAGCCUUCUUAUUUGCCAAAGCUAACAAAGCCAGGUUACGUCAUUACACCCUCAUUGGAUGAGCUUGCAACUCUGUCAGAGGCAGAUUUGGCAGCUGUGUCAAAUUUUUCAAUUCGUUGCGACCCUUACGGUCUGGUUGAGUGGAAAGGUGCCGUUGAUGUUCGCAAUGCCGACCUGGAUAAUUCCAUUGUGAUUGGGCAGAAUGAUGUAUCUGUCUACACCAAGGAUGAAGAAGAAGGAAGAAAGCCUCUGGUCGGGUCUAAACUGAAUCGUCCUGCAGUUAUUACCUUUUUCAAUGUCUUCCCAAAGAAUGGAGGGGCUAAUGCCAGCGUCGAAGACAAGGUCAAGUUCGCUCGAAGGAUUGAGCGUCAAACUGUAAAGAUGGACGCUGAGCUUAUCAAAUAUGACAAAGACACGGGCUCAUGGAAAAUCGCAGUGGGCCAUUUUUCUCGCUACGGUCUUUCCGAUGACGACGAGAGCGAAGAUGAGCUUUACACCGAAUCUGUUGAGAAGGAAGAUGAUGCUGCCAUUGUUAGUGAUGUUGAAAUGGAUCAUCAUGUUGAGGAGGCUUUUGAUUCAAUCUACUCUGCUGUGAAAUCAUACUCAAAACACCCAAAGACCUCGCUGCAUGAUGACAUGGAACUGUCCGAAGAGCAAACUGAUGACUGUGACUUUGACGAAUAUUACGAAUCGCCUGAUUGCCGCAGCAUGGGUUUUAGCACAACCUUGAUCUCUGCGGAUGAUUACGAUAAGGCCACCAAACAACAUGCCACUACGGGCAUUUGCAAUAGGAUGUCCACAAAAGCCUUUGCGAGUGAACGUCGCAUGCCAAAGAAUGUUGAGUACGGAUUGCGACUUGGGCGAAGCCACGGCAUAUGCUGGAGCCCAAACGGUUCCUUCUUGAAAGUUGCUCAAGGAGGAACCAAGCUGGAACAGCGCCGCCCGGUCUUCGAGAAUGCUGGUGGGAAGUCGGCUUGGAAUCGUUCGAAGCAGCAAUUAGAAGCCCACAGGCAAUGCAGCUCGAAGCUGCCCACCGAGGUUGACGAUCGAUCUCCACGAUUUGUGCUACCAAGGAGUGUGUCUAAUGGGGAUGCAAAAUCACACGAAGCACUGCAUCAAGCACUGGUGGCGUUGCAGGGGAAUCCCAAGGGAGAGGACAUUGGGAGUUUGUCGUUUGCUCUGUUGGCUUGUCUGGUCGACGAUGAUGCAACUGUUACGAAACCUUCAAUGGACCUCCGAAAAGAGGCAGUGAUCCGUUUCCUUGUGGAUGCAUUGAAAACAUCAACAGACCGUGGUGUUGACCAAGCCAUGGCCCGCAACGACGUCCUUGCUGCGGUCCACGCAGCCUUGAAAGGUGGCAACUUGUCGAAAGCAUGUGAGAUUUCUGUGGCUGCGGGCCAAGAAGACCUUGCUGCUUGCAUCGCAACUUUUGACAUGGAGGGGUCGGCAGACAUUGCCGCUCAGGCACGCAAAGCAACCACCAAUGAAGGCUUAAGGAAAAUCUACAGUCUCCUCAGUAGUGGAUCAUCCAACAAAGGGGGAGAACAAGAAUGGAUGACAACGCUUUUGAUCAAAUUGCUGUAUGGAAGUCCCCUACAAGAUAUUAGUCUUCCCAAGGUCCUUGAAUCUUUUCAAACGGACAUCAAGACUUCACAAGCACCGUAUCCCUCUCCUUCAUACAUUCGUGGAGGACGAGAGAGAGUCCAGAGCAUCUUGUUUCGGCUCCUUCGCUUGACCGAAUCUCCUCAGUUGAUAACCUGCGCCGAAGUCAUCAAUCCUGAUGGCAUUUCUCGUUUCCAUCAUGACUUCAGUGUCUCCUUUUUCCUUGCGUCUGCUUUGGCAUCCGCUGGGAUUUGCUCGAGUCUUUCUGUAUUUCAAGAAGAGCGAGUCAUCGACGGAUAUUGUACGCAGCUGAUCGGGAUGGGUCACUGGGAGUGGGCUGUUUAUGUUUGCCUGUGCUCAUUGAAUCAUGAUGUGCUAGAGUCAACCAAGACAGAAUGGAAACAAGCGAAGGCGAAGCGCAUUGUCCUGCAAUUCUACCACCGUGCAGACCCGCACUUUAAUGUCAGAAACAAUUUCCUUUCGGAAAUCGGAGUGCCCCAGGAGUGGUGUUCGGAAGCCUUUGCCUAUCGCAGCGCGAGUGUCGGUGAUCCCUUUUCCUACAUCAAUCAUCUUGUAUCCUUCUCCACAAAGCAAGCUAUGGCAGUAUGUGACCAAGUCAUCUUGCCCAACAUCCUGUUCAUGGGAAACAGUGAUGUCGACAAAUGCAUGGAAUUGCUUCGCAGCUGUCAGGGCGACCUUUCUCCUACUGCGAAGGCGGUGCUCUCCAUGCUCGAAAUUGGGCAGGACCUACAGGAAAUGGCCACAGCACCGCAAGAGAUCGAUAAACAAAUGCUCUCCGAAAUGAAAGCAGAACUCGAUAUGGUGGAGAAGAAGCUUCAUCUGGAGUUAUCCAAGUGCAAAAAGGGAUUCCCCCCGUUGCAGUUUUCGGCGUUCAGUGCCAUUCCACUGCCGUCGAUGCUUUCAGAGGCGCUUGAUCAUUGCGUCUUCCUUUCGACGUUGUUGAAAGCAUUGGAGUUGGGCAUCCAUGUAGGCACUAAAACUUCUCAGCGAAAGCUGACAGCGCUUCUUGCAUUCAAUGCCAUCGGCGGGCACAGUGAAUGUACCUCAAGUGCUGCCCUUCUACGCUGA